AGUUCUAACGGCCUUCAGGGGGUGUAAGGGAAUAACCAGUGAAAGUAGAAAUCCCACAGCGCCACGGCAAUGGCACGAAUGCGCCAGGCUCUCGUCAGUUCAACGCUCGGGAGGCUUGUGGUGGCUAGUCAUGUUAGCAUUCCGGCCCCAGAGCAGGGCGAGAUGCUGUGCCAGACUGCCGCCGUAGGGCUGAAUCCAGGAGACGUCAAGUUCAGCGACUACACAUCCCUACAAGGCACCAUCGGAGGGUUUGACUUCGCUGGCGUGGUUCUACAAGUCGGUCCGGGCGUGACGAGAUUCAAAGCAGGCGAUAGAGUAGCCGGCUUCGCACACGGCUAUGACUCGAACAACAAGUCGAGCGGUGCCUUUGCCGACGUUGUCCUAGCGGUGGAGGACCUGACGCUUAAGCUCCCUCACGACUGGACAUUCGAGCAGGGAGCCACGCUAGGGACGAUCGUUGCCACAGCCGGAAUGGCUUUGAGCCACUACCUAGACAUUCCUCUACCGGAAGCCGACAGCGAACGAACAAACGCAACCGGUGGCAAGACCAGCGAUCAAGAUGGCGAGUACGUCCUCGUUUCAGGCGCCGCCACUGCCACGGGAAUGGUAGCGACGCAGCUUCUCCGACUGGCUGGCUUCCGGCCGGUGGGAACGUGCUCACCGAGAAGCGCAGAGCUCGUGCGGUCGUUGGGCGCCGUUGCCACGCUGGAUUACCGCUCGCCAACGUGCGGCGCCGACAUUCGCUCCCUCACGGGCAACUCGUUAACACGCGUGCUCGACUGCGUCACCAGCGCCGAAACCAUGGCCAUGUGCUAUUCCGCAAUCGGGUCCAAGGGCGGUCGCUACGUGGCCCUGGACCCCGUGUCAACGCACGUCAAGUACACGCGUCGCGAUGUCAGCGCCGACUGGCCCAUGGCGUUGGCCAUCUUCGGGCAUCCUGUACGACUGGCGGGCGUCUACGGACGGCCGGCAACACCAGCGCUGAGGGGGCUCGGAGCGCGUAUAUUCUGCAUGGCUGAGGCCCUGAUUGAGCGGGGCGAGCUGCGGGGGCCGCCGUUCCAAGUGCGGAAAGGAGGGUUGGCGGCGGUAGACAGAGGGAUAGAGGACCUGCGGAAGGGGAGGGCCAAGGGAGAGAAGUUGGUGUAUCCUCUGGCUUGACUCGGACACCGAUUGACCGACAUGACGACUCUGGUUUCAUUAGCAUUGGGUUUGUCGGUAAGAAACGAACGCCGUGCCGUUGGCACGCAUACGUACAUUAGGGAUUCAAUGG